AAUAACAUAUGUUAAAUUUGUUAUGCUACGCCCACCGGAAGUACUUGUGGUACUGAACUAUACUAGACCCCAGAUUUUCACCAGUCUUUAUCAUAAAUAAAGAUUUUCUUUGUCACUUGGAAAACCCCUAUACAGUUUCCAUUCCAAUAUAGUGUAAUUGUUGUUUACAAGUUGAUAUUUUUAUCAAAUAUUAAAUUAAGAUAUUGAUUCUAUAGCACUUAUAUGUAAAUGGAUACCAGUACAUCUUUUGAUCCACCAUUAACUGAUCUCGGAAAAAAUCUACUUGAAGCUGCUCGUUAUGGCGAUGAAGAGAAAGUGCGCACUCUUCUGACAAAAGGUGCUUCGUUCACCACUGAUUGGUUAGGAACAUCACCACUGCAUUUAGCAGCACAAAAUGGGCAUCAAAAUACUGCUCUUUUGUUGAUGCGUGCUGGGAUGUCAUGUAAUGCCCGCUCUAAAGUUGACAAAACACCUCUACAUCUGGCAACCCAGUCUGGACAUAUAGGUCUUGUGGAAGCAUUGAUCAAGCAUGGGGCAGGAAUCAAUGCUCUGGAUAUGCUAAAGAUGACACCUUUGCAUUGGGCAUCUGUGAAAAAUCACAAAGAAGUUGCAUUGUGCCUGCUACAAAAUGGAGCAGAUCGAACGUUAAAAAGUAAAUUUGAUAAAACAGCAUUGGAUAUAUGUAUGGAAGAAAGCCAUUUUGCUUUAGCUGACAUACUCAAAGGGGUUCAUAAAAGAAGAACAACGCCAGAAACUAACUCAAAAACAUUUGAGAAAUCUAGCGUUGUUGUUCCAAAUUUAUCGCAAGCUACUGAACCUAUUCAGACAAAUUUAUUAGCUAGUUUGUCAGCUCUAGCAGGCAUGUCUGGUGAAAUGGCCAAUUCUGUUGUGACAUUGGAUGAAUUGUCUCGUCUCCGAUCUUCCCCAGUAAGUUUACCCCCAAAUCCAUUAGAUAAUGUUCGAUCAUUUAUAUUGACUGAUGCUGGUAAGUUGGCUAUGCAAUUUUGGAAUAAAACCUGGGAAAGUGAGCCGGUCACAAUAAAUCAUAAAAGUAACAAACAAUCAAAGCUAGAGGGGUCUUUGAACUCAGUUUUGCUGAAAUCUAAAUGCAAAAAUAAUUCUAAGAGCAGUCCUUAUAUCGAAAAAGAAGCUAUGUCUCUUGUCGAAAGUUGUUCUAAUUUUUCCGAAUCGGUAAUAACAGAGCAAGAAGAUUCGUCCCCUUGUUCUAAGGAUGUUUCUGACCUGCUCGUUAUACCAUCGUCUUCUGUAGGAUCUUUGCCGUUUUCUAAUAUUUUCUCGGACUGUGGUAAUAAUAAUAUUAAUAAUAGGAGUAAUAGCGAAAGUGAUGAUGCAUGUGCCCUCGAUUUGGAAAGAGACAUUUUGGAAAGACAAUUAGAGAAUGCCAAACGGGCUGCCUCCAGGUUUCGCGAAGAAUCUCUUAGAAAAGAAACUGAAGCUGAGCGUUAUAGGCUUCAACUUGAAAUGCUAUGCAAGAGGCAGUCAAAAAGUAAUGUUUGCAAAAACACAUAGAUUUCUGUUUGUUUUAAAGAUACAUCGACUUGAGUCAUGAAUUCUAUAUGGAAUAUCUGUAAGCUUAUAGCUGUUAGGCAUAUUUUGAUUCAUCUUAAACUGAUCUCAGAUGAUAUCCCUUGUUUAAACAUUUAUUUCCACAAUAAUCUACCAGUAUAUUGGAAAAUUAACCUUACAUGUAAUGAAAAUAACUUGCUGGGCAAUUUUGUUCGAGACUGGAUUAGGUGAGAUCGCAAAGAUUGCUGUUAUAAAAUUAAAAAAAAUCCUGAUCUAAUUUUUUUUCUUUCAAUUUCUUUUUGUGACUUGAAGUUUUUUAUUGACCCAUACCAGUUAACAACCAAUUAUUGUUCUGAAUAUUUAAUCUACCUUUGUGAUUUCAAUAGUAGCCUAUUGCUUGAAUCGAAUAUAAACUCAUUGGCCGUAUUGAAAAUAACUAAUUUCCUAUAUAUUUUAUUCAUGUUGGAUAUCCAUGUUUCCCACAGAAGCAUGAUACAUAGAUAAUUCAACUCUAUAAAAUUUGAUUAUUUGACACAAUUUUAUUUUUACUAUGCUAAUUUGCCAAUUACGUUGUCUGACCAGUUUAUACUGAACUUUCAAAUUAGCAAAUAUUCAACAAAUUUGAAUUUCAUUAGACUUUUGAACAUUAGUUGUUCUAAACAUUAUGCAUACGGUAAUACUACUUUUCUCACAAGCCACGAAGACAGUUGCAAUCCCUAAUUAUAAUACAGAGGUAAAUAUAGUAUUAUAUGACAUAAUCAAUGUUUUCAAUCAAGAUCCAAUCCACUUCAAAACCAUGUUCAAUUUCUAUCUUGUCCUAUAAUCUAUAUUUAUUGAUGAGGAUCAUGAUUUGGCAAAUACAAUUUUCAUGGUGGUGUAUUUACUUCUGGAAAAUUGUUCCUCUGAUUUGUUUCUAUGUUUAUUUGAUGUCAUAUUUAGUCCUAUUUCAAUGAUCGAAGUAAUCAAAACUAGUCAAAUAUCUACUCUGCAUUCUGCUGUACUGAUAAAAGAGUAAUAAGUGACUACUAAUACUAAUGGAUUUGUAUGAAUUUCCCACAAAACUCUUAGUUACCACUUUAAAGAUACAUGAUCUGUUGAUUGUAUCUGGGUUUUAUUUGUUCCUUGGAUCUCAUACUGGAAUAAUGUGAUUAUGUUCGAAUUCAAUUGUACCUCAAUAACCUUGUCAGGGUUUAUAGCAUAAAUGAACUCAUUUGCCAUUUUCAUUUAUAAACCAGUGUUUUAUGACACAUGAUAUGGUUAAAAUCCAUUAAUGUCUCAAAUAUCAGGUGUUAUUUUUUGUUUGAAUUUUUUUCAUGUUCAGCUUUUUUGAUUGAUUUAUUAAUAAAAUAUUUGUUGUGGUAUGGGUCAAUUAUGUAUUUGUCAAACAAUGAUUUCUGAUAUUACAUGCCUUCACAAAUUCAUAUUCUUUUUAUUUUGGUGCUUAUCUGCUAGCAUGUAACACUGUUUUGUUUCAUUUAAUAAUUGCUUAAUUAAUAUUGCAG